AAAAAAAGAUGCGGAUUCGUGCUUGAAGAUCGCUAAAAAUUAUGGGAAAUGUGUCCUUCUAUGCGAGUACAGUAAAAUUGGAAGUGGUGCAAUGACUUUGGGACUGGGUGUGUUUGGAUGACGUCUACAGGACCAUGCGCUGCUGAUUAAGGACGUCUGCCUUGAGGCUGUCUUGAGGCUACAUAUCUUGAAGUUGAGCUGGCCAGGGUGUGGUGCAAACUUAUUCCGAUUUCCAGUGCAAGCGAACAUCUUCAAAUCAAUCCUAUUGUCCAAUCAGUCCUCGAAUAGUACAUAACUCCCCUUCUUGACGAGAUACUUGGACCGGAAUAUUCUGCAGUUUUUGACGGACCACAUAGAUCGACGAAAAGAUUUGGUCGAAAGAGGAACCGACACGAAAUGUCUCUGUAUAUCGCAAGCGUGAUGAGCUUCUUCAAGCCGUUGAUCAAGUAUGGGAUGAAAGAGACCCGGAUCGAGGGCCUUCCUAUCCUCUUGGAGAUCCUCGAACGUGCGAGACACGACCGCAAGCCCGGAUUAGAUGAUCCGAUGGUCUGGGGAAUCAUGCCAUUCAGCACGUAUUUCGAUACCUCAAAAGUACGCUGGACGUUAGGCGCGGCAGAUAUCCUAUUCACCAACCGUUACAUUGCACCCUUGUUUCAGAAUGGACAAGUGAUCAAGACCGUCCGGGGAGACGGGAUCUAUCAGCCGGCACUCGACUUGGCUAUCGAAAAAUUGGACAAUUCUCAAUGGGUUCACGUCUUUCCUGAAGGCAAAGUUAAUCAACCUAAUAUAGAUCGAUCCGCAUUCAGUGAUGAGCUGUUGAGGUUCAAGUGGGGAAUUUCUCGCUUGGUGAUGCCUGAGGGUAGACCCUCGCCCUACAACAUGAUUCCAAGACUAAACCAGAGCCUGUCGAUCAAACUCUCACCUCCGAUCAACGAUCUAAGAUCCUACUCUGAUCAGAAUACCAAAAGACAUGAUCAUGAUGAUUUGCAGAGGAGAGAAAAUUGCAAUAACCAUUUGAAGAUCUCGGAGUUUCGGAAGAGAUAUCAAGCCUUACAACUUCGAUCCGAAAAACCGCAAGAUUCAAUCAAUGAUCAUCAAGAUUAUAGCUCUUUGAAAGAUCUGGAUGAAGCUAAACAGAUCCGGAUCGAGCUCGCCAGUUUCUUGCAUUCCCAACUUUUGGCCGUCCGACCAACAUGA